UACCUUCCGCGUCUUAAUGAUUCGAUUAUGAGGUUUCAUACCAUAAAAACAAAAGCUAUUUUUAGCCAAUAUUUACUUGAUUAUUCGCAAUAUUAUCUUAAGCAACGCAAAGUUUAAGCUUUAUUUACAUAGGUAACAAUUGCGUAUAGCUCCCCUCUCCCUAACUCUUGCAUGAUGCUGAGAACGGCACUGCGGGCUCUUAGUAUCGAAUCACCACCUCGGCCCGCCUGCUCGGGGCUAACCAGACCACAGGAGCAUCAGCGAAUAUGCAGUUUAAAUUAUUUAUAGUGACCUUUGUGCUACACUAUACCACCGCGGAGCAUUACAAGACGAAACCGGAUUUCGUAAAGACAUGUCUGAAGAGUGAUCCAGAUUUCGAAGACUGUUCGCGUGUGGCGGUACAACAACUGUUCAACGCUUUGGGUCCAGGUCUUCCAGAAAUUGGACUGCCGCCUUUGGAUCCGCUUAAAAUACCUAAAAUAAGGAUAUUGCAAGGCGACGGCCCAGUUAACGUCAAUGCGGCACUAGAUGACGUCACAGUCUCUGGAUUUGGUCAGACCGAAGUAUUAAUGAGUCAAGUGGAUAGCAAAACAUAUGAUUUUUAUACAAAAGUACGUGUGCCAAAAAUAAGGAUAGAAGGCACUUAUGACUUGAAGGGAAAGAUUUUAUUGAUUCCUUUGGUGGGGCGAGGUUUAUGCUGGUUUGAACCGAGCAACAUGACAAUUGACAUAGUGAGCGAUGUAAAAUUAUACGAUAAAGAUGAUUUUGUAUUUUUCAACGUCACUGCAGCUCAUGUAAAAUAUUCUAUAGGAGGAUUAAAAUUACGCAUGAAUAAUUUAUUCGACGGCAUAGAUUCCUUAGAGGACAGCACGAAUGCGUACUUGAACGCAAACUGGCGGCCAGUAUCUGAAUCACUGAGGCCAAUAUUAUCCAAGACAAUUGAAGACAUUUUACUUGGUUUUAUGCAGCAAUUAUUCCAUAAUUUACCAGGAAAUUUCAUGAUAGGCGAUGUAAAAAACGUACCGAGUAAAAAAUCGGAGAAGAAAGUUUGAUUAGUACUUAAUAUUUAAUUUUUAUAUAGUCUUAUAAACAUCUUAUACGAGUAUCUUAUAAAUAAGACGAACAUGUUACUCUUGAGUCUUCAGAUUCCACUUUCAUGCGAAUUUAAAAUCAUGAUAUAUUUUUAAGUCACAACAUACGUAGGUACGAAUUAGAUUUAAGCACAAAAUUAACAAUGCGACUGAUUUUUCGAAACCGUAUGGUUAUUGUAAAUAUUUAGUUUAAGAGUUAUUAAAAAGUACACAAAAUUA